UAUUCAACAGUACAACAAUGUCUUCGUCGGUGGAAAACGAUGAAAGAAAAAAGAGACGCACUCUGGUGCUGAGGCCCUCUUCUCGAGCAGGGAAUGUCUUCGCGUCGGGACUCAACCAAGGUACUAGACACACGAGCAGCGUGCUGGGUUCGUCGAGCAGGAGAAGUUUCAGUCUUGGCGGCGGGAGCAAAGUUCUGGAGAAAAGCCCCACACACACUCCGAGAAAAGAUGCUCGGGUGUUGGAUGAAGAGAACAAUGAUGUCACUCCUCAGCCACUGUACAAGGCUGAUCCUGCAGCAGUUCAUGUUAAAGGCAGUAGGUUCUUUGUGGAGGAAAUCUGUGCUGAAUCAGCAUCCGACCAGAUAACAGCCACAGGCAGCUUCACCAGGCCCUUCUCCAGUAGCAGGAUAUCCAGCCAGUCUACAAUAGACUCCAUGAAUGAGGACAUUGAGGAAACAUUUUCCAAACGAGACAUGCCUAUCAACUUCCCAGAUGUGAAAGGGAAGAAAGACUCUGUGAAAGAAUUGGUGACAGAAGAAAUGUUAAAAGAAGUCAUAGACGUCUACCUCUCUGAGACGGACAGCAUUUCACUGCUGGACAUAUCCUGCUAUGUUGUGUCAGUGGAUACUGAUGAUGCAGAAGUUAUCCUAGAGAGAAACAAACAGUAUUCUGAAGUUUGCAGGAAUAGAAUGGGCAAUGAUCGAUCAAUGCAGACACUGAACGAAGCAAUGAAGAACAAACAUGUCCAGAUCGAUGGCAUGGUAAUGGUGGACACAGCCACAACUGUCAGCAACUGGGACAUGUAUGACACUCUGUGCAGCCCUGAGCAGGAUGACACUGUGCACAGUUCUGAACCAGAAAAACUUACCUGUCCAGAUGCUGUGGUGAAAAUCAGCAGAGGUGCAGAGAGGGGCAUGUCAUUGGGCAGCACAGCCAGCAAAGCCAGGGCUGCUAGCUCACUGAAGGAUGUGGAAGUGUUUGGAAACACCUUGAAUUCUGAGUCAGACCUGCAGCUUAUCAUGCAUUCAGAGAAUUUCCAAUACUACUUAAUGGUAAUGGAGAGAGGCAUCCUUGGAAAUAUCUUUCAACCUAACCUGGCUGUAUACAGACAGCUGCCUGUACUGGAAGACCCAGACAGUCCGGUGAAGCCUUGGACCAUGGAACAGAGGAAGGAGGAUUCAGAAAGUUCUGGGUCUCCUGCUCUGCAGCGUCUGUGGACUUUCAGCUGUGAGCUCACCAGAGGACGUAAUGUUAGCAGCAUGGCCUGGAACAAGAAGAACCUGGACCUCCUAGCCGUGGGUUAUGGUGAAUUGGUUUCCAGUGACCUGAAACCUGGCCUGGUGUGCUGCUGGUCCCUCAAAAACCCCACAUGGCCGGAGCGUGUUGUCCACUGUGACAGCGCUGUGACCUCUCUGGACUUCUCAGCUAACAACCCCAGUCAGCUGGCUGUGGGGAUGCAUGAUGGCAGCAUCGCUAUCUACAAUGUACAGAGUCAAGACAAAAAGUGGCAUGUGAUGAGCAGCAGAGAGUGUCCCAAGAAGCACUUGGGUCCAGUGCGGCAGCUCAGAUGGACUCAACAAAAGUUGAGUUUAACAGGAGAGGAGAAGUUGGAGCUGCUCUUCUCUGUGGCUGCUGAUGGUAGGAUCAGCAUCUGGUUUGUCCUCAACAGUGGCCUUGACUGCAUAGACCUUAUGAAGCUCAAGAGGAUUCAUAAUAUGAAGACGAAGGCUGGAAGGAACAAAGACAAGAUAGAAAGUGUUCUGUCAGCACUGACUCCUGGUCUGUGCUUUGACUUCCAUCCAACAGACUCCAGUCUCUACUUGGCUGGAACGUGGGACGGUCACAUCCACAAGUGCUCGUGUUCCAACAGUCAGCAAUUUCUGGAGACUUUCAGGAAACACUUUUGUCCUGUGAACUGUGUCGCUUGGUGUCCACUCAGUCCUGACGUUUUUCUGAGCUGCUCCUCUGACUGGACCAUCCAGCUGUGGAAGCAGGAACACCUUCAACCCGUGUUAGGUUUCACUUCUGUCCAGAGGGCAGUGUACGACAUCAAGUGGUCCCCAAAGUGGGCCACUGUAUUUGGGGCUGUUAAUGAGGGACAGCUCGAGAUCUGGGACCUGAAUUCAAGCGUCCUCGACCCAGUUGCUGUGCAACCUGCUGCCACUAGUGUGAUGAUGAGGUCCCUGCUUUUUGCCUCACACACAGGUAGUGUCCUGGUAGGAGACAGCGAGGGACAAGUGACAGUUUACCAGCUCAAGAACCUCAGUGUGGGAGAGAGAAGCCAGGUGGAUAUUCUAGAAGACCUCAUCCGCUCUGCAGCUUCCAGAUUGGAAGAAACCAAAUGGCUGUCUCACUGGAAUACAUGUUUAAAUACCACACAGAUGAACACAUGGACAUCUAUGGGGUCUUGAGCCCCUGCCCUUUUUCUGGGAUGCUUUUUUAUUUUAUUAAAUUUAUUUAAAUAAAUUCUCGUAUUUGUACACAGCUUCCAUAUCAACAAAUAUAUUGAUUGAAUAAGAAAUCCAAAUAUGAGGUCGUGAGUUUAGAACUCCCCUCCCUCCCUCACGUUUCCUGCGCAGUGGUGAGCACUAGAGCUGUGGACAUUUCUUGAUUCUUCAUCGCGACGUGGACUACUCUGCAUCCAUGCAGAGAGAGCACAUAAUGGAUUCAAGUUGUUUUUAGUGAUGUCCCGCCGCUGAAUAAUUAUAACACUGCUGCUUCAGCACCAGGACAGAUGCUCAUUAAAGAUCUGGUGUGUCAGAGUCUCUGUUCCUACUCACUCCUGCGCUCACUUUACACUUUAACAAUGAACACCAGCACUGACGUUUACUUUCUGUUGUUUGAAUCGCUCUAGAGUUUAUAACACCCAUGUUUAUCCUGCUAGACAACAAAUGACGUAAGGGUUAGACUUAACGCCUUAUUUUAACGUCAUUGUUGCAGAGUAAGCAACACCCUGUUUAUCCAGGAACAUAAAUAUGAAUUCAGCAGGUUUUUAUAAAGAUCAGUUCUAAGAGAAAUGAUUAGAAGACAUCUGAGGGGCAGUUACUUGUUGACCAGUGGAGUAAUGUGCCUCAGUACAAUGGCUUUGCUAAGGGGGGCCAGGCUGGGCCACCUUGAUGAAGUAAAGGCUCAAACAAGAGUUUGUCAUUUUAAUGUGCAGCACACAAGUCUAAACUGAAUGAAUUACACAUCACUUUACAGAUCACUGACCAACGUCAUUCACUUAUUGUUGUAGUCAGAUUUUUUAAAACCUUAUUCUUUAAAUUACAACAGACUUGUAGUAACAGUCCAUAAUUCUUUUUAAAGCACUUUCUAAAUAAAAGAGAUUUCGUAUU